CGCCGCCCUGUCGCCGCCGGCCCCGCCGCCCCGCCGCGCCGGAUGCAGACUAACAGGGAUGCCAAAGGAAAAAUAUGAUCCUCCAGAUCCUCGCAGAAUUUACACCAUCAUGUCAGCAGAAGAGGUAGCCAACGGGAAGAAGUCACACUGGGCCGAGUUGGAGAUCUCAGGCAGGGUGCGGAGCUUGAGCACGGCGCUGUGGUCGCUGACGCACCUGACCGCCCUGCACCUCAACGACAACAAUCUCACCCGCAUUCCACCUGACAUUGCCAAGCUCCACAACCUGCUUUACCUGGAUCUCUCAUCCAACAAACUCAGAAGUUUACCAGCAGAGCUAGGAAACAUGGUGUCUCUCAGGGAAUUGCUUUUAAAUAACAAUCUGCUACGGGUUCUGCCUUAUGAACUGGGACGGCUCUUCCAGCUCCAAACCCUAGGUCUGAAAGGCAAUCCUUUAUCACAAGAUAUUCUGAGCCUCUACCAGGAUCCAGACGGAACUCGAAAGCUACUGAACUACAUGCUGGACAAUCUAGCAGUUCACCCAGAGCAGCUGCCUCCAAGGCCAUGGAUCACUUUAAAAGAACGAGACCAAAUUCUGCCCUCAGCUUCAUUCACAGUUAUGUGUUACAAUGUCCUGUGUGACAAAUACGCCACACGGCAGCUCUACGGCUACUGCCCAUCCUGGGCACUCAACUGGGAGUACAGGAAAAAGGGAAUCAUGGAAGAAAUUGUCAACUGUGAUGCAGAUAUCAUUAGUCUUCAGGAAGUGGAAACAGAGCAAUACUUCACCCUCUUUCUGCCAGCCCUGAAGGAGCGAGGCUACGACGGCUUCUUCUCUCCAAAGUCUCGUGCCAAAAUCAUGUCUGAGCAGGAGAAGAAGCACGUGGAUGGCUGUGCAAUAUUCUUCAAAACUGAGAAGUUCACCCUGGUGCAGAAGCACACGGUGGAGUUCAACCAGGUGGCGAUGGCUAACUCAGAAGGUUCUGAAGCUAUGCUGAACAGAGUGAUGACAAAGGACAACAUUGGAGUUGCUGUGGUGUUAGAGGUGCACAAGGAAUUGUUUGGAGCAAGUAUGAAAUCACUUCAUGUGGACAAGCAGCUGCUCAUCGUGGCCAAUGCCCACAUGCACUGGGACCCUGAGUACUCAGAUGUCAAACUCAUCCAGACCAUGAUGUUUGUCUCAGAGCUGAAGAACAUCCUUGAGAAAGCCUCCAGCAGGCCCAGCAGCCCAACAGCAGAUCCUAACUCUAUCCCUCUGGUGCUGUGUGCAGAUCUCAACUCAUUGCCUGAUUCAGGCGUGGUGGAAUACUUAAGCAACGGCAUCGUGGCUGACAACCACAAGGACUUCAAGGAGCUGCGCUACAACGAGUGUCUGAUGAACUUCAGCGGCAGCGGCAAGAACGGAGCCUCCGAGGGCAGGAUCACCCACGGCUUCCAGCUGAAGAGCGCCUACGAGAACAACCUGAUGCCUUACACCAAUUACACUUUCGAUUUCAAAGGUGUGAUUGACUACAUUUUCUAUUCCAACACUCACAUGAACGUGCUUGGUGUCCUGGGGCCUUUGGACCCUCAGUGGCUGGUUGACAACAACAUCACUGGGUGCCCACACCCUCACAUCCCUUCAGACCACUUCUCACUGUUAACACAACUAGAACUCCAUCCUCCUCUGCUGCCUCUUGUCAACGGCGUGCACUUGCCUAACCGGAGGUAGUGGAGCCCUGCCCCUCGGAGGGCAUGGACCUGUCGUUGUGGACCUGUACAGUUGUAAAUCAAAGUCUCUAGGAGUGAAGUCUGGCCAACCUUCAGCUGCUUCUUCAAGCUCCUUUUCCUUAUGUGUUUGAUAGGAGAUUUUUGCACAUUUUUGGUGCACAUUGGUAUCAUUUGGCACUAGGGCUGGAACCAAAGCAUUCUUCCCUUUCCAGGUUUUUAAUUUAACUGUGGUUUGUUGUUUUGUUUUGGUUUUGUGGGUUUGGGAGGGGUGGGGUUGUUUUGUUUUUAACUGGCAAGCUUUGUCUUCUCAGAUAGGAAGCUGCACUUAGAAACCCACAGAGGAGAUCCCAAAAACUUAACUUCUUGACACCUUGUUGAGAGAAUUCUUUGGCAAAAUAACGAGACAAGCUUUUCUUUUUUGGAGGAGGAGAAAUUCAAACCAACCCAGCAGUGCUUCUUUUGUAGGGAGGAUAUUAGAAACGCUCUUUGUUGGAACCCAAAACUGAACUCUGCAGCCAAAAUUCAUUUUGCACAUUAGACAAGCACUUAAUGCCUGAGUAUAACUGAUGAGCAGUGUGGCCCUGACCCUUCUCUAACUACUAGUAGUAAACCAAAGAUAUGUUGAUAGCUGCAAUCAAAUUUGAGGUCUAAAUUCUGCUGUAAUUCCAUUUUUGCAACAACUUUUCCAGCAAAGCUCUGCCUCAGGACUCUGCAGGUGAGUAUUUAAUGCUCACUCUUCAGACUCCACAGAGAGUUUAAUGCUCGCUCUUCAGACUCCACAGAAACCUACUUUUUAUGUUUCCCAGAGCUUUGCAUAACUUGGAGCUAUUCAGGGAUCUGAAGGAGCUCUGUGAAACAGAGCUGCCUCUCUGCUCCAGCAAGCCAGGGCCACACACUGCUCAGCAGCACAGUUUGGGAGCAGGGUGAAGAAGUAGCCGGGGUAUGGCACUUGAAGCAAGCUGCUUGGGUGAGUACAAGAAGUUGCAAAUCCAUCCUAGGUUCCCUUUUCCAAAAGGAAACUUGAGAUUAGCUGCUUAAGCAUAGGGGACAGGAAAAAGCUGCUGGAAAUGACCUUACCUCUGUCUCCAAAGGCCACGUGGAGGAGCUCUCAACAUGCUUUUCUUCCACGUAGUCAUUCCUUGGAUGGUUUUUCCUGCCCCUGGUUGCCAAAUAGCCAUUGCUCUUCUUGAACAGCCUUUCUGUUGUCAGUCAGGGUUGGAUUUAAAAGCUGCUGAUCCCCUCCCAACUGUUAAUACUCUUUGGAUCUGUUGGAAAUCCCUUUUGGUUUUGUUUCUUUUUUCCCCCCUUUCUUUCUAUGCUCCGAGGUGGCCACUUCCCAUCUUUGUGCCUCGAGAGGCAUUAAGCAUAACGCAACUUUUUCUGGGGGUGGGAGGGGGAAAAGACAACGUGAAAAAGAAAAUGAAAUUGGGUUGGCUGCUUAAAAACACCCAAAAGGCAGAGAGUGAUAAGGAAAAAAAAGAUAAGGUUGUGUCUGUGGUUUUAAGUUUUUCUUUAUUCUGCUUUUUUUUUUUGCUGCUAUUUUUUCUCCCCCCCCUUGAAUUGAUAUUUUAAACUUUUCAUGCACUUUACUGUUUCUAGUCUCAAAGAAAACAAACAAAAAAAGUGAUAUUUUUAAUAAAUGACAACAGUUUUCCAUUACUUGGAUGCAAUUUUUAACCAGUUUGCCAGCCUGGAUUUACGUCUCGUUGCUCUACUGCUGAGAACAGGUCGCAUUUAAAGUGGUCAAAUUAGUUUUAAACGACUCCAAAAAAGAGCCAUUUUCAUCCCUCUGCUGCUGCAAACAGGUUUUUAAAUGGUGAGAUUCGUUUGAAAUGCUUCCAAAAAAGAAAGAGCCAGUUUCAUCCCUCUGCUGAUGGACUUUUCAGGCUAAUCAGGGAGUGACAGGACCAAGGGGAAUGGAGCAAAGCUGGAGAAGGGCAGGGUCAGGCUGGAUGUGAGGAGGAAGUUCUUGUGAGAGCCUUGCCCAGGGAGGUGGUUGAGGCACCGUGGAGGUGUUUAAGGCCAAGCUGGAUGAGGCUGUGGCCAGCCUGAUCCUAGGGUAGGGUGUCCCAGCUCAUGUCAGGGGGAUUGGAACUAGAUGAUCCUUGUGGUCCCUUCCAACCCUGACUGAUUCUAUGAUUCUAAAUUCAUCUGAAAUCCUUCCCAAAAAGAGCCAUUUUCAUGGCUCUGCUGCUGAAAAACUUUAAAUGGUGAAAUUUGGUUUUAAAUACUUCUUAAAAAGAGCUAUUUUCAUUCCUCUGCUGCUGCAAACUGAUUUUAAAUGGUGAAAUUCGUCUGAAAUCCUUCCCAAAAAGAGCCAUUUUCAUGGCUCUGCUGCUGAAAAACUUUAAAUGGUGAGAUUUGGUUUUAAAUACUUCUUUAAAAGAGCCAUUUUCAUUCCUCUGCUGCCAAAAAAAACCCCAGAUUUUAAAUGGUGAAAUUGGUUUUAAAUACUAGAUAAAAAAUAAGAGCUGUUUUCUAUCCUGCAGAGCUGCCAAGCCAGGCUCUUCUCCUGCUAAUGAAACAUUCCUUGUCUUGUUUUAUACGUAGGAAAUGAUCCAUUUGGGGAGGGGAAAGGAGAUAAAAGUAAUAAUUGGACCUAAACUAUCCCCUGAGGCUUGCUGGGGUGGGGGUCGGCGGGGCUGGGAAAGGGAUGGUGUGAACCAGCACCUGAAAACAGAGUGCAGGAAAGGACAAGUCCUUGUUAAACAGAAGUGCCUAAAAGAAAAGGAAGGAGGCAUCACCUCUUGCUGCCUCUGAAUUGGUGGCGAGCAGGGCAGCUUCACCUCUUCUGCCUCUGAAUCGGGGGCGAGCAGGGCAGCUUCACCUCUUCUGCCUCUGAAUCGGGGGCGAGCAGGGCAGCUUCACCUCUUCUGCCUCUGAAUCGGGGGCGAGCAGGGCAGCUUCACCUCUUCUGCCUCUGAACUGGCAGCGAGCAGGGCAGCUGGGUGAAACCCCCCUGUGCAAGCAGCAAAAGCAGAAGCCAGGUCCUUUCUGAAGGUGGAUGGUUUUUUCCCCUCACUUCUAGGUGCAGGUGUCUCGUUGUUAAAUAUACCUCAGUGGUCACCACCUAGCCCACAGUGAAAGGGGAUUUGGAGAGCAUAGUACUGGAAAAUAGAAUAGCAUGAAAAAGUUAACUUUGUGGACAUCACCUUUCUGUCUCUUUUUGUUAGAGGGGAGGUGGGAGAGGGGAAAAAAGGUGUGGUGCUGUGCUCUGGAGGUGUGCACUAAACAAAGCCUUCUCCUCCUUUCCUCCCUCACCUCUCAUCCACCGUGCAUGGUGACUAGCAAGGUCAGCAGUGUUUCUCUCCUACCAUACUUCACUCCCGGUAUUUUUUGAGCUGUUUGCAGCAAAUUGAGAGUUUCCCAAUUCACUGCUGAUUGUAGCUGAACUGCAGAGGAGCCAGAUUUGUUAGGCAAGGAAAGGAAAAGAGAGCAAGGAAAGGAAAAGAGAGCAAGGAAAGGAAAAGAGAGCAAGGAAAGGAAAAGAGAGCAAGGAAGGAA